AUGGCUCGCCGGCUAGUCCGAGCGAGUGUACAGCUCGGUUUAUUCGCAGCAUUCAUUCUCCUCGUCAUCGUCAUUCUCGACAAUCGAUUUAGUGUCCUUCCCUCUUCAAUCCAUGGCCAUCUUCCGUCGCAUUAUUCCGGCUACGUGAUCACAGACGUGACCGUCACAACAUGUUCCUCUCUCAAUCCAUUCACGAGCUGCAAGCUAGACCCAGAAACCUGGUACCGCGUCGACAAGGACCUCUACCUGCGCUCGGGCUGGACCUCGAGUGCCUACGUUCAAUUCAGGAGGAAAAAGGAGGAGGAAUUGGGCCCUGAUGACAAGGUGGUCAUCGAUUUGAAAAUCAGUCGUCUCACUCCCCCGUCUGAGUUUGUGGGAAAGACCGAAAUCGAAGCGUGGGAACCCCGACCGGGAGCCAUUUGGCUCAAGCGCUCGUCCUCCCGCCAUGCUAGCGACUCCGAAAACGCCGUGACCUACAUUGACGUCCUUUACGGAGCGGAUGCCGUCGAUCCUCGUCCCAACUGGGAAGUCAAAGAUACGCCGAUUCUCCUGGAUAGUCGCACGGAAGAAUUGGAGACUCGCCUUAGUAUUCGAAGAGGACACCCGCAGGCCAAACCCAAGAAACCCGUUCCCAGAAUCAACGAGAACGGGAAAUUCAAGGUGAUGCAGUUGGCAGAUCUCCACAUGAGCACCGGUCUCGGCCACUGUCGUGACCCUGUUCCUGCGGAAGUGGCUGGCCAGAAGUGUGAAGCCGAUCCCCGAACGUUGGAAUUCGUCGAACGACUUCUCGACGAAGAGAAGCCGGACAUGGUGGUCUUCUCUGGUGACCAGGUCAACGGAGAGACCGCCCCAGAUGCACAAAGUGCCCUGUACAAGUCUGUAAAGCUUUUGGUUGAUCGCAAGAUUCCUUACGCAGCCAUCUUUGGAAACCACGACGACGAGGGUGACCUCAACCGAGAACAGCUCAUGACCAUAUAUGAAGACCUCCCUUACUCUCUUGCAGCUGCCGGCCCCGAAGAUAUUGACGGGGUCGGAAACUACGUUGUCGAAGUCCUCGAUUGGGGCAAAAGCACACACUCUGCCUUAACCCUCUAUUUCCUUGACACACAUUCCUACUCCCCCGACGAGCGUCAGUUCCGCGGUUACGAUUGGAUCAAGCCGAGCCAAACGCGGUGGUUCAAGAACACCGCCCAAAGCCUGAGAAGGAAACACCUGGAAUAUAACCAUAUCCACAUGAAUGUGGCAUUUAUCCACAUUCCGCUCCCCGAGUAUCGCGCGCAAGGAAAGUACUUCAAGGGUGCAUGGAUGGAACCUCCCACUGCGCCAGGGUUCAACUCUAGGUUCAAGGACGCUCUCGAGGAAGAGGGCGUCUUAUUUGUUAGUUGUGGACAUGAUCAUGUCAAUGACUAUUGCAUGCUCGAUGAAGACGAAAAUUCGAAGCCCUCUCUGUGGAUGUGCUACAGCGGCGGUGUCGGACUGGGCGGAUACGGUGGCUACGAUGACUUCGUCCGAAGAGUUCGUUUCUUCGACUUUGACAGAGGCCCAGGUCGUGUAUCAACAUACAAGCGUCUAGAAUCGGGUCAAACCGAAGCCAAAAUCGAUGAAAUGAUGAUCGUGGACGGCGGUGCUGUCAGAGCCCCAGAUGAAACAUCCUAA